CUUGGGAAUAGGAAAAAAAAAUCUGUUGACAGUUCAUCACUGGAAGAACACUGGGAGAAAAUGGGAGACACUGUGAUAGGAACUUCAAAUGAAUCACUGGUGACUGAGUUCAUCUUAAUUGGAUUAUCAGAAUAUCCCCGAGCUCAGAUUAUCCUGUUUUGCUUCCUCUUGAUGGUGUAUCUCAUUAGUUCUCUUGGCAAUGGGCUCAUCAUCAUGUUGAGCAUUGCCGACCCACAGCUUCACACCCCCAUGUAUUUCUUCAUUUGUGUCCUUUCCACAAUAGACUUUAUUCUUUCCAACAAUGUACUUCCUGAGAUCUUGGUCAACUGCUUCAUCUACAGGCCCACAAUUUCUUUCUCCAGAUGUUUGUCCCAAAUGUACCUUGGUGUAUUUCUGGUUGUAACAGAGUGCAUUGUAUUGGCUAUUAUGGCAUAUGAUCGCUGGGCAGCUAUAUGCCAGCCCUUACACUACACGCAGAUCAUGAGUUGGAGAUUAUGCAUUUAUCUGGUAGCCACAUCAGUGGCCUUUGCCUUUAUGACCACCCUGAUCAAUGUGCUCUUGCAGCCCACUGACUUCUGUGGCCAUCACAUCAUCAACCAUUUUGGAUGUGAGCUGCAAUUUUUACUCAAAUUAGCUUGCUCCAACACAGACAUCAGUGAGCUCUUUAUGCAUGUUUCCUGCCUGUUUCUGUUUAUCCCUCCCUUUGGCUUCAUAGUUGUGACAUAUGGUCGCAUCGGCCUGGCUAUUCUGCGUAUAAGCUCUGCCCAGGGACGCAGAAAAGCCUUCUCCACCUGCAGUUCUCACCUUGCUGUGGUCAGUGUCUUUUAUGGGACACUCAUGAUCAUGUACUUGAGACCGGAAGGGAAAUCUGUUUCUGAAAAGGACAAGGUCAUAUCCUUAACAUAUGGGGCUCUGACUCCCAUGCUCAAUCCUCUGAUCUACAGCCUGAGGAACAAGGAUGUCAAGGCAGCAUUCUGGAAGCUGGUUGCAAGAAAAAUGUUAAAGUGAUAUACAGA